CAUUAGCAGCUCCUGGUCACCUCACCACUGCAAGCAUAAUUAGGCUUAGUUAGCUCCAAGGAGCAAAGCUAAAAAGAAGCCUAGCUAGGCUAGCUCGAUCCAGCUAGCUCAGUAGAUAUGGAGGUGGAGGCCGGAGCUCAUGGCGAUGCGGCGGCGAGCAAGUUCACGCUGCCCGUGGACUCCGAGCACAAGGCCAAGUCCUUCAGGCUCUUCUCCUUCGCCAACCCGCACAUGCGCACCUUCCACCUCUCGUGGAUCUCCUUCUUCACCUGCUUCGUCUCCACCUUUGCCGCUGCUCCGUUGGUGCCCAUCAUCCGCGACAACCUCAACCUCGCCAAGGCCGACAUCGGCAAUGCCGGUGUGGCGUCCGUGUCCGGCUCCAUCUUCUCGAGGCUCGCCAUGGGCGCCAUUUGUGACCUGCUUGGCCCGCGGUACGGUUGUGCCUUUCUCGUCAUGCUAUCGGCGCCAACCGUCUUCUGCAUGGCCGUCAUCGACGACGCGUCGGGAUACAUCGCAGUCCGCUUCCUCAUCGGCUUCUCCCUCGCAACCUUCGUGUCAUGCCAGUACUGGAUGAGCACAAUGUUCAACAGUAAAAUCAUUGGCACGGUGAAUGGCCUCGCAGCCGGGUGGGGCAACAUGGGUGGCGGGGCCACACAGCUCAUCAUGCCCCUCGUCUUCCAUGCCAUCCAAAAGUGUGGUGCCACACCCUUUGUGGCAUGGCGUAUCGCCUACUUCGUGCCGGGGAUGAUGCACAUCGUGAUGGGCCUACUCGUGCUCACCAUGGGACAAGACCUCCCGGACGGCAACCUUGCAAGCCUGCAGAAGAAGGGAGACAUGGCCAAGGACAAGUUCUCCAAGGUCCUUUGGGGCGCCGUCACCAACUACCGGACAUGGAUCUUCGUCCUCCUCUACGGCUACUGCAUGGGCGUCGAGCUGACCACCGAUAACGUCAUCGCUGAGUACUACUACGACCACUUCCACCUAGACCUCCGUGCCGCUGGCACCAUCGCCGCUUGCUUCGGCAUGGCCAACAUCGUCGCACGUCCUAUGGGCGGCUACCUCUCCGACCUUGGUGCCCGGUACUUUGGCAUGCGUGCUCGCCUUUGGAACAUCUGGAUCCUCCAGACUGCUGGAGGGGCUUUCUGCAUAUGGCUCGGUCGUGCAUCGGCCCUUCCUGCCUCAGUGACUGCCAUGGUCCUCUUCUCCAUCUGCGCCCAGGCUGCAUGUGGCGCUGUAUUCGGUGUCGCACCAUUCGUUUCCAGACGUUCCCUUGGGAUCAUCUCCGGGCUAACUGGCGCCGGUGGCAAUGUGGGUGCGGGUCUCACGCAACUUCUAUUCUUCACUUCAUCUCAGUACUCCACUGGGAGGGGUCUCGAGUACAUGGGCAUCAUGAUCAUGGCUUGUACACUUCCCGUCGCUCUUGUGCACUUCCCACAGUGGGGCUCCAUGUUCUUCCCAGCCAGUGUCGAUGCCACGGAGGAAGAGUACUACGCCUCCGAAUGGUCGGAGGAGGAGAAAAGCAAGGGCCUCCAUAUCGCAGGUCAAAAGUUCGCCGAGAACUCCCGCUCGGAACGCGGUAGGCGCAACGUCAUUCUUGCCACAUCUGCCACACCACCCAACAACACGCCCCAGCACGUAUAAGAUCCAAAUUUUCUUCUACCAACCAAAUGUAAAGCUCGCAUAAAUAUACACAUCAUAUAUGUCUACUCCUGCCAACCCCAGUUGUUCUGUACUUGUAGAUGUUAGGAAACCUUCAACUUCAUCUGUCUGCAGGAAUCGUGUAUGCAUAUAUGCGAGGGUAUGUAGUAUAUAUGAAAGUGGUCCUGAAAUUACAUGAACAACUUAUGAA